UGUGGCGCAAUCCAGGUUCAGUGUCCCAGCUGCUGGUGAUGAGUAUAAAUAACCGCAACACCUCGCGCUACACUUGACUUUGUCCACACACACCGGAGGAGCUGUGGAGCCGACGGAAGUCUCAUCCAGGCAGAAAGAUCAGACGGAGCGGCAAUGGGAGUCGAGAAAAUGGAACUGGAAGACACAGACUCUGCUCUGCUGGAGAGGGGCAGGAAGCCUCCUGUGUCCAGAUCUCCCAGCAAGUAUGAGACCCUGAUCCAGCCCUGCAUGGCCGAGAUAGUGGGGACCAUGUUCUUCGUUUUCAUCGGCUGUGUGUCCGUGAUCGAGAACGUGCCCGCGGCCGGGCGGCUGCAGCCAGCCCUGGUGCACGGACUGGCUGUGGCAGUGAUGGUGGCGGUCAUGGAUAACAUCAGCGGCUCCCACUUUAACCCUCCCUUCACCAUUGCCAUCUACCUGUGCGGAGGCAUCGAGCUGACGAUGGUGGGACUCUACCUGGUCAGCCAGCUGAUUGGAGGAGUGCUCGGAGCCGGGAUGGCCAAGUUGAUGACCCCUGCAGAUCGCUACCUGAACGCCACAGGAGCAGCGUUCGACAUCCUCAAGUCGGAGAGCCAGCUGUCCGGGGCCAUCUUCGGGGAGGUGGCCAUGACCUGCUUGGUCACCAUGGUGGUGCUGCUGGUGGCGGUCAACGGCAAGACGAAGACGCCGCUGGCCCCCUUCCUCGUGGGCUGCACCGUCAUCAUCAACAUCCUGGCAGGGGGCGAUAUAUCAGGAACGUGUCUGAACCCUGCCAGGGCUUUCGGUCCGGCUCUGAUGACCAACUACUGGACCUACCACUGGGUGUACUGGGUGGGGCCCAUAGGAGGAGGCCUGGUGGCUGCUGCUCUAGUCAGGCUCAUUCUCGGCGAUGAUAAGUUACGAGUCAUUAUGAAAUCCUAACAGCCCUUGUUGCGACACUGAACCUGUGCACACCGUCUCUCUCCGCUGAUGCGCUGUACCUUUUUCUCCCACGUCAAACUGUGUCACCGUUGUGUGAAAUUUUUCAUAUGAAAUUAAAAGAUGAAAACACAA